AUGAAGCUGCUUCUUGCUGUUGCUUGUUACUUCCUUCUGGCUCAGCUUCCAGCAGGGUGCCAGGCAGGAUUUGAGAAUAACCGUCUGUUUCUGACAGGUGAUUUUGCUCCAUGUGAGCCCUGCAGGCUGGGCCGGGGCAAGUGCAGAAAGGAGUGCCGAGAGAACGAGAUUGUCAUGGGGAAUUGCAAGCUCAGCUUCUUCUGUUGCUACCCAAGGUUCCCUUGA